AGUACGACCGGUUCAGGUGUUGUGAGCUUGUGCAUCGCUAGUGCAACUAGGAAUUCUGCGCGCGCGAUACAGGUCGGAUGCUGUCAGUUUCGUAUAGCUGAUAGGUGCAGCUUACAGAGGAUGCAGUUUUCGCGCGGAUCGUCGUGAAGAACCUUCGGAAGAGGGUUGGGGGGAAGAACCGUGUGAUAAAUAGUGGUCCAUUGUGAAAAGUGAAUAGUUACAGCGCAUCAACAAAACGGAUGUAGGUGAGGGAGUGCGGAAUGGAGCGCUGGCGGAAGGUGCUGUCAACGCAGAAGUUGAAGCAGUUGGCGACGGUUCAUCUGGACACCAGUUGGAUGCUGGCCGGCUUCGCGUAGGGAUGUCGUCUGGUCCACCGGAUGCUGCGGAUUUAGAGUCCCGGGACGUACCAGAAUCGUGGCCCGUAAUACACUAUUCUUAGAAAGUUGGAAGAGUUUUUGCGUGCGAGGAGAGAGCUCAUUUGCUGAAACAUCGGCCAGUGUGUGUUUGUUUAAUUUGCCCGUUUGUGUGUGCUAUUUUGUGGUGUGAAUUUUCUCUCAUCAACUAGUCGUUGCUGGCCUUUUCCGUAAACACAAGUUUUUCAGUGGAGAAAAAUAAUCUAGUCUUAAUUGGACCACCCCACCAUCAGGCAGAACGUUCGUUACUUCGCGGCGGCAGCGACGACCUGUAGAUUUCCUUUUACAUCGACUUUGAACAAAACGAAAGAACGUAGAAGAAAAAAAACAAGUGGCGCUACAAGUGGUAAAAACGCAAAAAUACACGCAAGUGCAAGUACGUGAGCAAGGUGUGCGUUGUGACUUCGAGGGGAAGAAGCUGUGGAUGAUAAUUUGUAGAGCGGAAUAUAUACGACGGAAAAGUGGCUGCUGAAGUUGGGGAAGCUGGGCUGAGGAGUUGCUGUAUUAUAGAAAACACGACACUGCCACCACCCCCACAACCGUCGCCACCACCACACGCUAGAGGUGUUCAGGUUUUCACCCGUGGUUCGAGCCCGGCAUGAUACGUUGCCCGUACCUGCAUGAGAUGCACGAACGCCUUCUGGGACCAACGCCACGCCGCGCGAUUGCGAUAACGACGACGACGACCAGCGCCAAGAACGCUUUUCCACCCCUGGCCAAGCCGGAAAACACGAACCUGGACCAGCACUUUAACGGCGGCAGCCCGAUGGAUCGCGAAAGUGACUGCCUGCUCGAGAGCCGGCCCGACAGCCGACAGAUUGGCACGAUGGUUAAGCUCAACCCGGACGGAUUCGGGUCGCACACGACGCCGACCCACCACAAAACACCGCUAGUGCCUUGCAACGGAACGACCGACGACGACGACGACGAUGACGAUUGCGACGAGCACGACGCGUUCGGUUCCACCGUCACCGACUCGGACGACGCGGGAAUCCACCUGCGGUCCCACAUCCGCAAGAUAAUCGAGGGCCGCAAGCCAAAGAAUGCCAACAUAUUUUGGGAACCCGUCACUGCCAAAAGGGCGAAGCGUCAUUUAAGGCGUUUAAGAACUUCCCUCUUCAUCGUAACCAGUCUAGUCUACGCGAUGCUGCUGAUCGUGGUGUGCGUCGCGUACGUCAUCAGUGACGUCACCACGCACCGGCUGCCGGUCAUCUACUACGAGGGCUUCUUCACCUACCUGUACGGGGCCAGCAUCCUGUUCCUGCUGUACGUGUUCUGCUUCCUGCUGCAAGAAAGCUCUUGUUGCAACGGAAAGCCCAAACCACCCAAAGAGAAGAAGCCAAAGAAGGAGAAGAAACCAAAGAAGGGUGACGCCGAAGCCGGGGCAGCCAAGGACGGAAAGGACGGCAAGGAUGCCAAGGACGGGAAAGAUGCCGGAAAGGACAAGAGCAAGGGUUCGGAGGACAAAUCUAGCAAGGCUUCCGCCAAGGCCAGCCCGUAUCAGUCCGCUUCACAGGCCGUCGUAGAGCCGACCCCGGAUCCGGAAGUUGCCCUCUCGCCGCGAUGCAAGCGCAAGACGACCACCGACCCCGUCCACGGAAGCUUCUUCCUGCGCGUGGGUGCCAUCGCCUUCGGCCUCGGCACUAUGAUCUACACCGGGCUCGAGUUUGGCUCCUUCUUUGAGAUCCCGUUCACCUCGCCCUGUCACCAGAUCCUGCGCGGCGUCAACCCGUUGCUCCAGAUGAUCUUCACCUUCAUGCAGAUGUACUUUAUCUUCAUGAAUGCCAGGCUCAACAUCCACCGGUUCAAGGUGCUGGCCCGAUUCGGCCUGAUGCACAUCGUGGCCACGAACGUGUGUGUCUGGAUCCGUACGCUGGUGCUGGAAUCGCUGAAGGAGAUCACCGCCCACCAUCAGAACCGGGUGACCUCGGAGCCGGAGGACAAUCCUAUCUUGGAGAAUCUGAGACAGCACACGCUGCGGAACGCAGGAAUGGUCAUGGGAACAGAGUUGGGACCGCGCGAAGAUACCGAGUGGGAGCCGAUCAGUGUGAACUUGAACGCGCACGAAGAUUUGUCCCAGGAGAGCAGCGGCGUGCUUUCGAAGAUCAUCCAGAACACGGUGCAAACCAUUACGGAUGCUACGAGCACGACUACGCGAGUUAGCUCGACGAGUUCGUCGACAACUCCAAGCACGACUACGACCACGACGGCUUCGGCCAUCACCAGCACCAUAACUUCGACGGCCUCCAACCUAUUCGACCGCAUCCGUGACAUUGUCGUAGCCGAAACAACCUCCACCGAGUCCAGCUCGGAAGCUGCCCACCUGGACUCGACAACCGCUUCGACCACGACCACCACCGCCGGAGGAUCCUUCCUGGACCAGUUCGUUGACCACGUGGACUACAUGCAGCAGCGCAACAACAGCCUGGAUCAGACGUACGAAUCGCUGGAGUCACUGUUUCCGCAGGCCUUCAUCGCGACCUCCACCGCCAUAUCGACCGCCAACGGCACCGUAGUCAGCUGUGGCCGCGUCAACAUCAUGGGAACCAUCGUGCAGGACUCGGCCCCGUAUCUGUACCCGUUCAUCAUCGAGUACUCGCUGAUCGGUGCCGCCGUGAUCUACGUCAUGUGGAAGCACAUUGGACGAUACCCCAAGUUCACCAGCGAGGAAGAUCUGGAGCACCGACUGGAGGUCAUGCUGUCGCGCCGCGCCGUCGUAAUGGCCCAGCAGGCUCGCACCGGACGGGUGGACUGCGUUGGAGCGUCCAAGGGACUGUUCUUCGGACUGUUGCUGCUGGUCGGUUCGUUGAUCUGUCUGAUUUUGUUCUUUGUGCUGGUUAGACAUCCGCAGCUGUCGCUGCUGGCGAUCUACCUGGCCGACGCUUCGCACUGCAUCCUGAUGGUGCUGGCCGUGUUUGCGAUCAUCAUUGGCUUUAUUCGCGUCCAAAACCUCAAGUUCCGCUGCGAGGAGCAGAGCAACCUGAACGACAUCCUGCUGCGCAUCUCCGCCUUCGGUCUGUUCAUCUACUCCACGUUCAGCGUGAUCGCCGGCUCACUCAACGCCAUGGAGAGCGAACCGAACCUGCUCGUCAUGGUCACCGGAAUCGUCGCCGUCGUCCAGGUCAUCAUCCAGCUGUUGUUCAUCGCGGACGUUUCGCGCCGCCGCGUCCACCUGCCCGAGCACGACCGCAUCAAGCCGGGCCGCCAGAUCGUCACAUUCCUGCUGAUUUGCAACGUUUCCAUGUUUGCGAUCUACACCUUUGAGGCGCAAAAGGUGACCUCCAAUCCGGUUCAACUCGAGUUCUACGGCUUCCUGGCCUGGUCGCUGAUCCAGCGCGUCACCCUGCCGCUGUGCAUCUUCCACCGCUUCCACAGCGCGGUCACGCUAGCCGAGAUCUGGAAGUCCACCUACAAGGCGCGUCUGGAAUAAGUGGCCGAAGAGCCGAAGAUCCGAGCCGACGGCGACGAUGGUGAAGAUACGCACACGCAUCCAUCACCGGCACCACCACCAUAAGAACCAGAACACAAGACAACAGUCACGAUUGCACUCACACAUUCAUAAAAGUAAAUGCGAUAAGCAAAACGUGCUCACGAGCGGAAACGAUGACGUAAGCAGCGAGCGAGCGAGCGAGAGAGAGUGCGCGCGCUCUCUGAGCUGCGCUCACCAAUGCCAGUAAACGUUGGAGAAGUUGGAGAGUUUUUGGUCUACUCUCUAUCUCUUGGAAUCUCUUUUUUUCACAUGACAAGACGGUUCUUCUCUCGUUUUUGGAAAGGAAUAAGAUUUUUUGCAGGUCUUACAGAUUUCAAAUAAAACAAUGUAAAUGGGCUAAAGUCGAAGUGUAAACAAACAGUAUGUCUUUCUUACGUCAAUGAAUGUUUGCAUUAUAAAAGAGCAGUACAGACUUUACAUCUUUGAAACUUUUUGAUUGUUUCUCGCAGUUUUUUCAACUGUCACUUGUACUCAAUUUUGAGUUCAGUUUGGUGAAAAAUGCGAUUUCAAAAUGUAAACAAAUAACUAUCUAGUAAUCGAGUCUUCAAAAGUUAAGUCCGUUUUUUAAGAAAUAUUUACAUUAAAAUGAUGGAUUCAAAAUUUACUAAAACAUUCAAAGUAUGUUUACAUGGCAGCUGAACGUUUGUUUGCAUCAGAUUUCCUAUUUCUUUCUAGGAAAAGUGAUUUGUUAGGCGAUUUCAAGCUGGUUAUUUUAUACUGUCCGCUCGAUAUGUCAAACAUCAUACUUCGCAGGGGUGUGACAGCUCGAGCUCGAUCAUUGUUUGCAUCAGGACAGGAGGAGAAGGUCAUCAUUUUUGGGUUGAAUUAUAUUUUUUUCAUUGGGCCUAGAAAGCCUUAUUGACGGCGUACGGCACUUCACCUAAAUUCUCUACCAAAAAUCGCGGAGGGAAUGUACUGACUGUCACUUCAAAGAGGCAAGAGAGAACUCUCUCCUAAGUUUUUCUCUUUCAAUAAAUACUCAAUGAAACUCUUCUGAAGUAGAUUCUUUCGCGGCUGAUCGCGAGAAAAAUCUUCUAAUGAGAAUGAGAGAUGUCUGCGUCAACGUACGAAGAGAGAGAACAAAAGAGAGAGAUCGCGCGCUCAAAAAGGCAUCCAAAACAAAUAUCACAGUAGUAGUGAGUGCGCGUGCAAACACACCUUCUCUUUGUAUGGGUUCGAUCGGUUUUAACGUUUCUGGUGCAGCAGCAGUGCGGCCAGAUAUGCUCAUUUUUUUCGGAUUCAGUAAAUGUGAGGCAUUUUUUGUACACAUUUUUCGAGUCUUAAGUUUCCGGAACGUCUCUAUAAUCAAUCUCGAGUAAAACAACAAACAAAUAGUAGUGAAAAUAUUUAUAUUGAAACCGAAGAGUGUAUCACACAAAGUCAUAAACACAGUCAAACAGCGUACUUAAAUUAUUUAUUUAUUAACUUAAGCACGAUGUGAGCCGUUUUUGCGAUGAGUUCUUUUUAUAUAUAUCAUGUGAACAUAAAUGAGAGAUCCCGUAGCAACUAACCAGCAAGAGGAAGGAGAAAAAACUAAGUAUAAAUCGUACUUUCAUCACGUUGUAAUAGUGUAUCGUAAACAUACCAAACUAAACACAAGUAAAGAAUCCCUUAAGAAAGUAAAAGAAAUGAAUCGUAUAUUGGUAGUUAUAAAAUUUGAAAAUUUUACUCAGAAUAUUAAAAAUGCAUACAAAAAAACUCACCCACAACUUCACCCAUUAGGAAAAGUUGAAUAACAAAAAAAAAAAAACACGCGGAAAAGUGGCAAUAAAAAGAGUCAGAAUUUUGACGGUUUGCGGUGGCCAAAUGGGUGAAUCUUGUUCAAAUCUAUGUGUAGUUGUUAGAUUAGUAACAUGUCACAUAUUUAAGUCAUAACACAAUCUCAAGCGGCAUCAGCAGCAUCCCAUAAUUGAAAAUAGUAAAACGAUUUUUCGCAGUUUGAGAACCACCCUUACCCAAACACACACACUUACACAUUAAUAGAAAUCAAGAGGAAACAGAAAACAAUGAGGCAACGAUAACUGGUAGUAAAAAAAAAGUGGAAGAAAACAACAUUAAUAAAACACAAUGACAAGGCAGUUUUUUUUAUUGAGAUAUGUAAGUAAAAUUUGCCCACCAUAUUUACAAUACAAAUUAAAACGUAAAGGAGAAAUAAUUAAAAUGUCAAAUUUUUCAAAAUUGUUAAAGUUUAUUGAAUACAAAGGUAAUGCUUGGCACUUCUGUUCGCUGAAGUGUCAUCGUAAACAAACAAACACACAAAAACAUUGAAACUUUCUUCUCAAAACGUCAUCUUUUACGUUCUUAGUUAGUCCUGUGCUGUGAUAUUUUAGUUGAACCAUUAUUUCUCUACACUAACUAAAUAAGGCCAAAAUCUCCCUCAUUUCACGUCACAGUGCACGUUCAUCAGUCAAACUCUACCCUCCUUUCACCAAUACACAUUCGUUCGAAAGGAAACAAAAACACAUUUAUACACCCACACACACACUUACACACUUAUGAUGGACCAGACUCUAGUUUCGAUACUCUUUCGCGCGUUGAUUUACACAAGUAAAAUUAGUAACGGAAGCGUUUAAACAAACUCAAACCGAUAAAGAAACAACACUUUUAUUGAGGAAACCUUUUUAAAAUGUAACUUUUUAGAUGAAAACAAAAAAGAAACGAACGAGGACGACGAGUUCAGAAGGCCAAAAGUAUAUAUAUAUUCUGUCGAAGUAAAUUAAAGAGGAAAUCUGCAGAAAGAAAGCAAAAAAUAUCAUUCCAUCAGCUCAAACCAGUAGUGAAAGAAACACGUGAGAAACGAAAUAAAAAAAAACUAUUGAUUGGUCAAUACUUGUAGCCAAGAAUUUACGAAACAAAAAAGAAACCCCGUAUUGAGAAUAAUCCUCCCUGAAACUGAAAGACCCACACUCUCAAAAUUUGAUGUUUAGCUCUUUUAGCGUGUCUACGACAACCAAAACAAAAUCAGAAGAAUACCACCAAUACCAACAGAGAGCUAGAAGAGCCGUCAAUUCUCAGUAGUGUCGUAAUGAGUAGCGCCAGACCGCCUUUGACGCACUCUCUCGCGGAGCUAAGAGCUAAGCAAGUAGCUAAAACAAAACCAGUAGAAAUGACCUUUUCUCCAGAGUAAAACCCGAAACAGAACGCAAGCAAAAAGAGGAAAGAGCGUGAGCCCGUAAAACACUGCCGAUAUUUACAACCACAUCCAAAAAUCUCACACUAGACCACUCACACUCACAAAACAGACGCAGCGAAAGACACCGCGCGAAGCGAGAGAGCGGAGAGAACAAUAGAGAGAGAGAGCGAAAUCGAAGCAGGCGCGCGCAAAGCGCGUUUGAUGAGGUGAGAGCGCGCGGGUUGCUACGCAACGGGCAUCAAACUUGUUUGUGUAUUUGUUGUUGCGACGAAACGACGAAGCGAUGGAAACUAAUAAUCAAAAUUAAAUGAACGCAAAGAAAUGUUUGAGGAAAAAUUAAUAACGACACAUGUUUAAACGUGAAAUGUCUAACUAGAAAGAAAGAGAAAAAGAAACCUACUAACACACAAACACAUCUAACACAUAGAAGGAAACCCAAUCGCGGUAACAAUUUGUUGGUUAAGGUGAAAAUAAGUUUUUCUACUCGUUUUAAGCUCUAUUUUUAUACGAAUGCGAACGAAACUCUGAACAAAACAAAGAAUGAAACAAGUGAGAGAAACCGAGUCAAUAAUCGUGGCGAAAAAAAGAAAUGUUGCAUUUUGUCGAUUCCGUUUUGUACAAGAAAUACUAAAAAGAAAACAAGUUAAUGAAAACAAAAAAUACUAACGCAAAAAAAAAAAAUAACGUUUGAAUUGUGUACCUAAAACGAUAUGUUUCGAAAACCCCUGAGUUGAUUGACACUUGACAAGAGAGAUAAACAAACAAAAAUCUGACAGAGUUUGACACCAUAGCGAGAGUUUGAAGUUUGAAGAAAAAGGUUGUUUGCCGAACCCCCUUUACAGAGAACAAAAACAAUAGAGUGUGACACAGCUACCCAAUUACACGAAUGCAUACACAAAACAGAAAUAUAGCAAAUAAACCCGGAAAAAAAACACAAUGGCAGAAGCAUUGUUGGGCGAACAUUUGAGGGGGAAACAAAAGAAAACAACAAUGACCAUGAAAAACACACACAGACACAAACAGUGACAGUGAAAUAAAGAAAGAAUAAAAUAAAUAUUAAAUAAAGUCGGGAAGGGAAAGCAAGCGAAGAUGAAGCAUAUUUGUAAUGGAAUGAAAAUUAUAAAACAAAACGAUUGAUUAUGUCUCAACUUAAUUGUACAAACACUCAAACACAGAAAACCAGCAGAUGAAAAGGAAAAGGUCAUUAACAAAAUAAAGAGAAAAAUGGAAUAAA